CACCCCCGCCCCCCCCCCCCCCCCCCCCCCCUCAACGGACUCCACGGCUUCUUCACCUCCUCCUCCCCCAGCGCUGCAACGCAACACCGGCAACCGCCUCUUCCCCGCCACGCGCCCAUGCCCGUCGCCAGCCGCGAACGGCGCGCGUAAACCCUAAACACCCCACCCGGGCACCCAGCACGCGCGACAGCGAGACGGGCACGAGCUGCUAGCGCCGGGAGGUUCCAGCCAUCAUGCGGCGGUCGGAGUGGGAGGACCGGUGCAAGCGGCACCCGGAGCACCGGAUGUCCAAGGGCGUCUGCCCCUACUGCCUCCGCGACCGCCUCGCGCACCUCUCCGCCUCCUCAUCGGCGACCACCACCACGCGCGCCUCCUCCUCGUCGGCGACGACAUCCCCGUACUCCUCCGGCGGCUCGUCCCCGCCGCCCCACCACGCGGCGCUCUCGGCGGACGUCAGCUCGGUCCACGUCCUCGGCGGGGCGUCCUCCAACGACGCCUCCUUCGUCAACGUUGCCGCCUUCUCGCAGCCGCUGAUGCCGACCUCUGUUCGGAAGCAGGCGGCAGGGAGGCAAGCGGAGGCGGCGGGGAGGGAACCGUCGGCGAAGGGGAAUAAGGGGGAGGUGAAGAAGAAGAAGAGCGGCAAGAAGAAGAAGAUCGGGAGGUUUCUGUCGAGGCUCGUCGGGGCGGACAAGCGGCGGCAGGCCGGCGACGGCGACGGCGGCGAGCUCUUCCACUCCAAGACCAUGAAGGAGAAGACGGCGUCCAAGUGGGUAUUCUUCUGAAAUUCUCUCGUCAGAUGACGGCACCAUGCACACACGCUUGGGAUGCCGGUUUCCUCGAUCGAUCGGCCCUGCAUCGCUAGCUCCUCUUGCUCCCCGGUAUAUAUAUUUUUUUCAAGUACUUAUGUGCUUGAUCUGGAGUUUUUGCAUGGUUUCUUAAUUGGGCUGUGUACAAGAGAUUAAGCCAAAACUAUUGAUCAUUUUGUGCUGUUUGGAAAUUUGUGUAUGCCUAUUUUGUAAAUUAGAUGAAAAAAAGUAACAGGAAGUGUGAAUCGAGUAGUGUUUAAUUCGUAUAGUUUGAGAAAUUCUUUGGAUUGGCAAAGAAUCCAACCGAUUUUCUUUUUCUAGAAACAGAAAAUUGUCAUCUGAAAACCUUAAUUUCUUCGUAUGCUUGCUUUGCA